AUGACAGAAUUACUCGACUUUACGGCCUUGUUUGGUGACCUGGUGCCAUCGAGGCCAGUAGAACACUUAGGUAAUUCGGACCUUUCAUUUGGCGGCAAAAUCGAACCUCCACUCAAGGUUCAUGAAGAUGGAGGUGAGAAUGGAUGUGGAGGUAAAGUGUGGAUAGCUGGAGAGCUUCUAUGUGAUUAUUUGAUAGAGAAAAGCAACACUGAAGGUAUCUUGUCAAUGAGUAAGGAUAAACUCAACGUUGAAGAACCUUUUUGCAAUAUAUUGGAACUGGGUAGCGGUACCGGACUCGUAGGCUUAUGUGCAGGUUUUUUAGCCAGAUCUAAGGAAAUUGAUGCCAAAGUUUAUACUACCGACAUAGAGAAAUUACUGGAACUCAUGGAUGCGAAUGUAAGAUUAAAUAACUUGGAUCAGUUCGUAUUUCCCGAAAUUUUGAUGUGGGGACAACCUUUGACUGGAAAGUUCGAAGCAGACGCUAAAAAAAAAAUUGACUUGAUAUUAGCUGCAGACUGUGUCUACCUAGAAACAGCUUUCCCACUUUUAGAAAAGACGCUGCUAGAUCUGACGGAAGGUUCUAAUCCACCCACAGUGCUGAUGUCUUAUAAAAAGCGAAGAAAGGCAGAUAAAAACUUCUUCCGUCAGAUACGCAAGAAUUUUGUGGUGGUAACGAUUAAAGACUUUGCUCGAUAUGAGCACUAUUUGAAGCAACGAACUCACCUAUUCCAAAUGAUUCGCAUCCAAAAUUAG